AUGACGGCUCUUCUAGGCCGCCAAAACUCGACCUCGGGAGAGCCUCUCCACCGUGUCCGACCAAGGGAGACGGGAAUUGAGAGACAGAGAGUUGGAGUGGGAAGAGCGGAUCGCGGACUCAGGGGAAAGGGGAAAGGGGAGGGAAGCAGAAGAGGAAGCGGGAGAGGGAGGAGGAAGGUGAAGGAGAAAGGCGAGGAGAGGCGAGGCGAGAAGAAGAAAAAGAAAUUUGCCGAAACGAGAGGAGAGGGCGCGGUCACAGCAGCAGGAAAAUGGAGAGAUCUCGACGGACAACGACGCCAGACACAACACACGGGUACACAGCCAACUGCCUAUUUGCUGCCAAGCGUGGUACCUGGCUGGACGAAGGAUCUGGAUGACUAUUCUUCUACUCCCUCGUCCUCCCAGCUGUGCUUUGACCUUUGUAACGAGUGGGAGGGCAAAGGAACUGGAGGGGAGGAGGAGAAGGACAGGAAAAACGAGUGUUGGCAGUACGGGUAG